AUGUGUCCAGCGAGCUUCUGGCGCAAAGUUCGACCCAACCCGUUGGUGUUCAUUUUUUGUGUUAGCUCGUGUUGCUUCACAUUUGGAUUGUGUAUAGCUAUUUAUGAUAUCAAUAAUUUUGGAAGCGGGUUGUACUUGGCACUGGUCUCAAUUGUAACCGUGGUUGUGGUAUUGGCGUUUUGUCUUGUUGGAACAGAGGAUCAGACUGAGCCCACUGUAGCGAAAAAAGUCUGGUCAACGACGCGCCAAACAAUGCGACGAUUUAAAAAGGAACCCUCGUCCCGGAUGCCGGCUGGAAUCGAGAUUCGAAUCGUGAACAUUGACUUGGAAGCCGAAGGAGCCAGAAGUAGUUCUUCGUCGGAUGAUCAUCCUGCUAAUGAUUCAUCAGUUUGA